AUGUUCGUUGAUGUUGCUUUUGUUGCAAAGGGAAGAACUAACCGCUCUGGUGUGACGGUCAUGGCGCCGGAAGACCCCAACCAGACCACGGUAAGCCACUUCUUCCUGGAGGGUCUGAGGUACGCAGCUGAACACCCCCGCUGUUUCUUCCUCCUUUUCCUCCUCACCUACACCAUCACCUUGGCUGGGAAUCUUGUCAUUCUCAUAACUGUGGGCUCUGACCCUCACCUCUGCUCCCCUAUGUACCACUUCCUGGGGCACCUCUCCUUCCUGGACGCGUGUUUGUCUACCGUGACCGUGCCCAAGGUCAUGGCAGGCCUCGUGACGCUGGAGGGCAGGGCGAUCUCCCUGCAGGGCUGCGCGGUGCAGCUUUACUGCUUCCACUUCCUAGCCAGUACCGAGUGCUUCCUCUACACAGUCAUGGCCUAUGACCGCUACCUAGCUAUCUGCCGCCCCCUGCAUUACCCAGUCGCCAUGACCAGGCGGACGUGUGCAGGGCUGGCCGGGCUCACCUGGGCCAUAGGUGCCGCGCACUCUGCCAUCCAUACCUCCCUCACCUUCCGGCUGCUCUACUGUGGCCCUGAUCACGUCGCGUACUUCUUCUGUGACAUCCCGCCGCUGCUGAAGCUGGCCUGUGCAGACACAGCCGUCAACGAGCUGGCCAUGCUCGCCAGCAUCGGGGUCGUGGCAGCCGCUUGCCUGAUCCUCAUCGUCUUCUCCUACGGCUUCAUCGCCGCGGCGGUGCUGCGCAUCCGCAGCCCCGAGGGCCGGCGGCGCGCCUUCUCCACCUGCACCGCCCACCUCACGGUGGUGUCUCUGUACUACCUGCCGCCCGUCAGCAUCUACCUGCAGCCUCGCUCGGGCGGGGCGGCGGCCGGCGCCCCUGCGGUCUUCUACACGGUGGUCACGCCCGCGCUCAACCCCUUCAUCUACACUCUGCGGAACAAGGCGAUCCAGCAGGCGCUGCGCAGGCUUCUGGGCCGCGGGUCUGCCGCCGGCGGCCCACCCGCCUAG